AUGUCCGCCCCCGUCAACCUCGUCUCGGUCAACACCGCCCCGGACCGUGCCAAGCUCGUCAUUGGUACCGUCAUUGAGAACGUCAAGGACAAGUACACCAUUGUCCACGCCGGCAACUCGACCACCAUCGAGGGUGUCAAGGACCUCCUCCUUUCCGUCCAGCCCCCUCCCGGCAUUCUUUUCUGCGCCUCGAUGUGGACCCCCGAGCAGCAGGAGGAGAUCCAGAAGAUUGCCCGCGACACCAUCCCCGGCAUCAAGACCCACGCAAUCCCUACUGGCCUCCAGGUCAAGGUCGGCCCCCAGGGUAUCGUCGACUACCUCAUGGAGCGUGUCGACGAGAUCAUGACCCAGAAGUAA